CCUCACUAAUUGAGGGAGAACAAUAGAUCUAAAGAGGCAGCACUGUGUUCUAUAUACAGGACUCCAAGAGGUCUCCCUGACAGCACAGAGAACCUGGUGCAUUGAGGAUGUGUGGGGGAUUAACUUUGACUCUUUUGUCCCUGGCUGUGGGUCUGCUUCUCUGUGGACAAAGGACUCUUUGUCAACUCCUUCCUGACCUUUCUGAUCCUUGUGCUAGCUCAGCUACCCAGGUUCAUGAUAACGAUAUCGCCUAUUUUCCUCCCUCCCUGCUCCCUCAAAACGAGUCGCCUAGCAACAGUGGAAGCGAAGACAGGAAGAAAAGGGGAGCUACCAGUGAGAAUCGAAAGCUGUGGCCAAAUGGAGUCGUAUAUUACACCUUUUCAAGCAGAUUCAAUGCUGCUGAAAGGAGACAGAUACUGGAGGCAAUGAAGCAUUGGGAAGACCACACCUGCAUUAGAUUCAAACAACGCUCAAACCAGCCGCACUAUGUCAAUUUCUUCCCAGGAGCAGGUUGCUGUUUCUAUGUUGGGAGAAUUGACUAUGGCCGUCAACCACAGGGAGUUUCGAUUGGUCGUUCCUGUUUCAACUUUCACCCAAUCGUGCACGAGAUCGGCCAUGUUGUUGGUUUCUGGCACGAGCAGAGCCGACCGGACCGUGACGAAUACAUCGAUAUCAUUGAAGGCAACAUAGUCCCUGGUUAUGAGACAAAUUUCCAAAAGAUUCCGUCAUGGCGGAUUGAUUCUCAAGGAGUCGGUUACAACUACAACAGUAUCAUGCACUACGAUUCCAACUUUUUCUCUAGAAAUCCCUUUGUAGACACCCUCAGGGCAAAGGACCCGUCCAUCCCAGUGGGGAAAGCUCGAGUACUGAGCGAGUUGGAUAUCGAACAAACAAAUCAAUUGUAUACGUGUGAUACGAACAACAUGCCCCCGCCCAGUGUGAUCCUUCUUCUUCUGCCCACACCCCCUCCAUUCCCCACCGUGCCCUACUCCUGUGUCGAGCAUUUGACGGGCUUUGAAAGGAUCCUUCCAGUCUCCCGGCUACCCACUCUAUGAGCACAAUACGGACUGUGUCUGGAUGAUCAAGGUUGCCGAUGGUUACACAAUUCAGCUUAUAUUUGCUCCAAUUGAACUGGAAAACACGCACCAGUGCAUCAAGGAUUACAUCAAAGUGUUUAAUAAUCUCCAUGGAAGCGGGGACGGCCAAGUGAUUUGCGCCUAUUACAAUGUCUACAAUUACAGACUACAAACAAACACAGCACGGAUACAUUAUCACAGUGACCAUG